CACGCCCGUCUCUGGAACUGCCAAACCGCCGAUCCUCUGCUUAUUUGCAUUCCCGGAACCAUGCCGACCUACAGCGAGAUGGCCAAAGUUGCCAUCCUGGCCUUGAAAGAAAGGAACGGAAGCUCCGUGCCUGCCAUCAAGAAGCACAUCCAGGCCACCUACCCAACGCUCAACUUCCUGCCUCACCAGCUGCGCGGCGCCCUGAAGAAGGGAACGGAGACUGGCACCUUCAUCAAGGUGAAGGCGUCGUACAAGGUAAGCCCUGAGGCGAAGAAGCCUCCGGUGAAAAAGAAGGUCGUCAAGAAGAAGGUCGUCAAGAAGAAGGUCGUCAAGAAGAAGGUCCCCAAAAAGAAGGUGGCCAAGAAGCCCACGACUAAGAAGACGACGACGACCAAGAAGAAGGCCGCUCCCAAGAAGAAGCCGGCCGCCGGUGCCGCCAAGAAGAAGCCGGCCGCGAAGAAAAAGACCGUCACGAAGAAGAAGGCCGCUCCCAAGAAAAAAGCCGCACCGAAGAAGAAGGCUUGAUUGAAAUGAUCUUCUUCCGUCCGUCCUUCAUUCUAUGUCGAGAAUUGGCGGGCUGACGUUGUUGUUGUUGUAUUUUCUUUGGGGCGGGGUGGGGGGAUGGGGGGGUGUUCAGGUGUUGGUUAGAGGUUGGUUCGUUCGAUCCAGAGACAAGACCAGCGCCCUUCUUCUUGUUCUUCUUGUUCUUCUUUUUCUUCUGCUUCUUCUUCGUCGUCGUCGUCGUCGUUGUUACGCUGUAAUUUUUGUGCGUCCGCUCUGUCAGUCGUGUAUGUUUGUGAAAAAAAAAAGUGUGCUUAGUAUGACGGCUUGCGCAGACGUCUUUCUCUUCCUUUUUUUUUUCAUGCCUCAGUUGUUUGGGCCACAGGCUAUUUAUGGGUUCACGGUGAUUGAACCGCCACGCAUCCGCCUUCACCUGGGAAGGUGGCUGUACGAUGCGUUUUCUGGAGGUUCAGGUACCUAAUUACUGCUGGGCUCCCUGCCUGGUUUUGGUUUUGCAUAGACAUGCUGGUUAAGGGCCUGUCGAAGCGACACCUAGCGAGCGCUCGCUGGUUUUUCGUCUUUUCAAGUUGAACCGAUUUCAGUGGCGGAGGAAGCGAAGCGGCUUUGCUGCCUGUUGCUUCAUGCGUGUCUUGGCUCGGCUUGCAUUGCCCCCGUCCUCAUUGGUUUUGCGUUUCGUGGGAUUUUCCCGACAAAAGCGUAGGAUGUAAAGGGCUGGUCAUCUAUUUCCCGGGAUUUUCUGGGAGAAUGAUGCCAAUCGGUGUCCCGGCCCCCGUCCCCCAUGCUGGGGAGAGAGGGAGAUAUCGACUUUGGUCGUUGGUUGGCGCUAGCGGUUAUGUAGUAAUUUAGCGAGAAACGAUGCACUUUAGAACAGAGUCAUAGGUGCUCGAUGGAGUAAGAACUUCCGCAGUUUGCGGUUUUGUCAACUUGGACAAAGACAGGAGGGCAGAAAAGGAGCGGAGAGGCAGGGAGAAGGUCUUCUGAUCGAACUCUUGCAACACGUUUUGGGGUCAUGGUUGCUCUCUAGACUAUAAAGUAGAAGGGGGAUCGAGAGCGAUUCGUUGAUGCCAUGUGUAUAUUUCUGCGUCAUGCUUUGCUGUGGUCCCUCCGCAAGAGUUCUACUUUAGUUGAUACGGGUAUGGUAGGCGUACCUCCGUUUGGUCGCGCCUUGGCUGCUCCAUGUCGUCGGUGCCUUGCGUGGGCGGGUUGUAUUGGUGGGUGGGUGCAUCUGACUCAUGGAGGAGUUAGACGUGGCAGCGGCGCGCCUCUCCCUUUUUACUGUCGUGCUCAUGCGCCUCUUUUGGUUUUGGUACGUGUACAUAGCAUGUAGAGGUGUUUACCACCUACCCGCGGACAUUGUUCUUGUGCACGUGUAAGAAAAUGAUGCACUCACUCAGGCC